AGUACAUUUCCGAACGAACCGGAAACGUCGGUUGCCAUGACACUUUUCAAACGAAUGUCAUUUUCUCGUAAACAAACGACUAUUACACUCCCUUUUCUAAAAAAAUCCUCAAUAUGUCUGAAAAAUCUAAAUCAGUGCCAUCAACGGCUUCCAAAACGUACAAAAGUCGACCUUCGACUGUCGGGCCACCAACUACGCGUCGUUCCUUCGUUCCGUCGACUACUAUGAAAGAUCGCAACACACGUCCUACGAGAAACAACAAAAAUGCUACUUUGGUUAACGAGGCCGAUUUAACAAUGCGUCCGGAGGUCUUUAUACCUGAUUUUGAGACGGAAAACAAGCAAGUAGCAUACGGGAAGUUUCUGCGUUCAAUGUUGGAAGACUGUUUGCUGGAUGAGAAGAUAGAGCGGGAGGAAACGGAAGUUGAUAAACAAAUGGCGUUGUUGGCGGACAGGUUUCAGAAGACCAUGUCGCAGUUGGACAAGACGAAUCGGCGGCUGAAGGAUAUAUCGUUUGUUCAGGAACAGGAGAGAUUAAUCCAACUGCGCCACGAAGACAACGCUAAAAUCUUUGAAGUUACUGCAAACAGUACAGCUCCGGAGAUCCUGACCAGUCUGUCCAACACUGAACAAGCUCACCUAGACAAGCUCGUCACAAAGAACGUCGAUUUUGGCUACGACAAGAACAGCGGAUACAAGCAGCUACUUGAUGCCGUACAAGAUGCCAUCGGAGGCUUAGAAGAAAUCAAGAAACAUUCAAACUUAGAUAUGAACAAGUUUAAAGAAUAUGAAAAUACAAAAACAAUGUCGGAGCAACUGGAAAUGAGUAAAAUGGACUUGGAGAUGUUGAAGUCGGAGUUUGAGGUUAAGUUUCCGAAGUUUAGUGAGAAAUUGUUGAAGGAGGCUUCGGAGAAGUUUGCUAAGAUGGUUGAAGAUGGAGAGGAUUAAAUUUGUAUAUAUAGAAGCUGUGUUGAUUAAAUGUAAGGUAUUAUUAACUCUUUGAACGCCAUGCUUUGUGUAAUGUACAACUAGCAAUUAUCUGUUUCUCUUUUUAACAAAUAAUUGUGGUCGACCACUUCUCCAAUCUCCACACAAUCAUUUUCGUUCUGGACAUUGACAUUAUACGAAAUCAUUUUACAGUACAUAUGGUGCUACUUUACCGCACUAGUGCGAAAAUUAGCAUAUUGCGUUACUGUGUCGAACAUUUAAAGGCCCAUAUGUACUGUAAAACGUUGUAUGAUACAUGUGCGAAUAGGUAAUUCGCAACUCGUAUCGAUUUAAAACACUCCCUUCGGUUGUGUUUUAAUUUAUCGCCACUCGUUUCGAAUUUCCUAUUUUUCGCACUUGUAUCGUAAUAUACAUCAUUGAAUGUGUAUUAAUCAUAGCUGUGCCACUUUGUUUAUUUUAGAUUUUUAAUUAUUAUAGUUAGGAUUUAACAAUGAAUAUAAAAUGAAUUUACUUGGCGGCCGUUCUGUGGAGGAAGAGCUGUGUAUAUGGGGAAUGGGGUGGGAGGAGGUUACCCAAGCUGCCCAGGACCGGAGUCUGAAGAACAAGAAUAUCGUUCGAGCCCUACACCCCAGCAGAGGGUAAUGAGAUGAAAGAAAGAAAAGGAUAACUAGAAUAGAAUUGUUUAAAAAAAAAUGUAUUGGGAUUAGUUGUGCGGACCCCAGGCUCCCAUGAGCCAUGGCAAAAUGCUGGGACAAUGCGAGGAAGAAAAAGUAUGGAAUUUUGCGAUCCUAAGGGCCGGUACAGACGGACU